AUGAGGAGGAAGAGCGUCGCUCACAACAGACUAAGCCAGAGGUGUUGUGUCACCGAGUGUGGGACAAAUUGCUGUCAACUUGAGUGUUUCUUAGAGAGUCAUGAGGAGGAAGAUCGUCGCUCACAACAGACCAAGCCAGAAGUGUUGUGUCACCGAGUGUGGGACAAAUUGCUGUGUUGGCCUCCUACACUGCCGGGUACCUGGGGCAGACUACUGUGUGUCUUUUAUCCUAAUGACAGUCGUGAUACCGUUGUUUCCAGCAACUGGAGUGUUUCUUGGAGAGUCAUGAGGAGGAAGAGCGUCGCUCACAACAGACCAAGCCAGAAGUGUUGUGUCACCGAGUGUGGGGCAAAUUCUGCUGUGUUGGCCUCCUACAUUGCCGGGUACCUGGGGCAGACUACUCAACUGGAGUGUUUCUUGGAGAGUCAUGAGGAGGAAGAGCGUCGCUCACAACAGACCAAGCCAGAAGUGUUGUGUCACCGAGUGUGGGACAAAUUGCUGUGUUGGCCUCCUACAUUGCCGGGUACCUGGGGCAGACUACUGAGUCAACUGGAGUGUUUCUUGGAGAGUCAUGAGGAGGAAGAGCGUCGCUCACAACAGACCAAGCCAGAAGUGUUGUGUCACCGAGUGUGGGACAAAUUGCUGUGUUGGCCUCCUACAUUGCCGGGUACCUGGGAUACACUACUGAGUGUCUUUUAUCCUAAUGACAGUUGUGAUACUCUUGGUUCCAGCAACUUGAGUGUUUCUUGGAGAGUCAUGAGGAGGAAGAGCGUCGCUCACAACAGACCAAGCCAGAAGUGUUGUGUCACCGAGUGUGGGCAACUGGAGUGUUUCUUGGAGAGUCAUGAGGAGGAAGAGCGUCGCUCACAACAGACCAAGCCAGAAGUGUUGUGUCACCGAGGGUGGGACAAACUGCUGUGUUGGCCUCCUAGGCCUACAUUGCCAGGUACCUGGGCUAGACUACUGAGUCAACUGGAGUGUUUCUUGGAGAGUCAUGAGGAGGAAGAGCGUCGCUCACAACAGACCAAGCCAGAAGUGUUGUGUCACCGAGUGUGGGACAAAUUGCUGUGUUGGCCUCCUACAUUGCCGGGUACCUGGGCUAGACUGCCAUGUUUUUCCGAGCUCAAUGGUAUCCAGUACGACACUACAAAGAACGCCACAAGAUGGUGCCACGAGAACGGAGUGUGGGACAACUACACGGACUACACGACUUGCAGAGAACAACCUGCGUCUUCAGAUAACGAUCUGCAGGAAGGGGAGGGGGUGGAAGUCUCAACAAUCCUCUACUUUGGAGGUCACACCAUGUCCUUGGUGGCACUCGGCUUGGCCGUCUGGAUAUUUGUGUACUUCAAAGAUUUGCGAUGCCUACGCAACACGAUUCACACGAACCUCAUGUUCACGUACAUGUUGGCGGACUUCAUGUGGAUCCUCACCAUUAUAGUACAGAUGACAGUACAGAUGGAUCUGACAGCUUGUGUCAUGCUCAUACUUCUUCUUCAUUACUGUUAUCUGACAAACUUCUUCUGGAUGCUGGUUGAAGGUCUUUACCUGUACACUUUGGUCGUCGUCACCUUUACUAGGGACAACAUCAAGCUGAGGGCUUACAUCGUCAUUGGUUGGGGGAUCCCCGUCAUUGUUGUGUCAGUGUGGGGAAUAGUCAAAGGUCUGACAGACGUUGACGUAGAUCCUCAGGUACGAAGCAGGUAUGCCAACUGUCCCUGGAUGACUCCUCAUCCCUACGACUGGAUCUACCAGGCACCAGUGGCUGCAGUUUUAGCCAUCAACCUUCUCUUCCUCUGUAUGAUCAUGUGGGUGCUGAUAACCAAGCUGCGUUCAGCUAACACACUUGAGACUCAGCAAUACCGCAAGGCGGCUAAGGCUCUGCUGGUGUUGAUACCACUGCUGGGUACCACAUACAUCCUGGUGAUUGCUGGUCCUUCUACUGGUCUCUCGGCCAACAUACACGCCUACGUGCGUGCUAUACUCAUCUCUACACAGGGAUUCACCGUGGCCUUGUUCUACUGCUUCCUAAACUCAGAGGUACAGACAACAGUCAGGCAUCACUUAGACACGUGGAGGGAGGAGCGUCACCUGGCGAUGGGUCGGAGAUUCACCUACACCAAGGACUGGUCUCCAAACACCAGGACGGAGAGUAUCAGGCUAUGCAAUACCAAGAGCGCAAGUAAGAAGAAGUUUCGGAAGAGACAGAUGUCAGUGAGUGAAGCUACUACGAUGACAGUUGUAGGAGGAGUUCUCAACAAAGACUUAGUGCAUAACAAAGACGUUCUAACAAGGACUAACAAUGGUGCGGGAACAGUGCAUACAACAGUGAUAGCAAACUAUGAGACUAUGGACGAGCACGCUGUCUAGCGACGGCUGAAAUAAGGUCUGUACAGUGAUUUGGUGAUAAGGAUGGAUGAUGCUGCAGGAACGGUGCAUACACGAGU